UUAUUCUCAGCCCUUUUUUCAGAAUAGUUUCGUGUUUUGGUGUGCAUUGGUCCAUAUUACUUGCUUAAAAUGUCAUUUAAACAUGGGCCUUUAUCUACCUUUGGUAAAAAACCAGAUACUUUUAGAUUUGAAGAAGGUGGUGAAAGGUAUAUGAUCGGGUCUGAGGUUGGUAAUUACUUGCGCAUGUUCAGAGGUUCACUCUACAAGAAGUAUCCAUCACUAUGGCGUCGCUUAGCAACCAUGCAGGAAAGGAGGAUGAUUGUAAAACUAGGAGAGCGUUUUGGUCAGCAUGGUUUGGCAACUAAUGUUACCUUAUUGAAAGCAAGAGAGGUAGAAGAAGUUCUUGAGGGAAAUGAUGAAAAGUACAAAGCUGUCUCAAUCAAUACUGAACUGACACCACUAAGGGAUUCGAAACAAAAGCGUAGCCGUGACUGGGUUCCUGCUAUGCCUAAUAGUUCCCAUCAUUUGGACGCAGUACCUUGCUCAACGCCUAUAAGCCGCACCAGGAUAACAGGCAAACGGCAGAGAACAUUCCCAUUAUGCUUUGAUGACCAUGACCCCUCAGUCCAUCAUGAAAACGGCGCACACCCUGAAGUUCUUGUUCCGAUCCGAUUGGACAUGGAAAUAGAAGGCCAGAAACUGAGGGAUACUUUUACAUGGAAUAAAAAUGAACACCUUAUUACACCUGAGAUGUUUGCAGAGGUUCUCUGUGAAGAUCUUGAACUUCUACCUCUGAACUUCGUGCAGCCAAUUGCACAGGCUAUUAGGAGUCAGGUGGAUGCCUACCCAGCAGACAACAGUAUUCUUGAGGCUAAUGCUGAUCAAAGAGUUAUCCUGAAACUCAAUGUCCAUGUUGGCAAUGUGUCUUUAGUAGACCAAUUUGAAUGGGACAUGUCAGAAAAAGAAAAUAGUCCAGAAUUAUUCUCGCUUAAGCUGUGUUCUGAACUGGGUCUUGGUGGGGAGUUUAUCACAGCUAUUGCAUACAGUAUUCGAGGCCAGCUUAGUUGGCAUCAACGAACAUACGCAUUCAGUGAGGCACCAUUACCUACUGUUGAGAUUGCGAUUCGUAACCAAGGAGAAGCAGACUCUUGGUGCCCAUUCCUGGAAACCCUGACAGAUGCUGAGAUGGAGAAGAAAAUCAGAGAUCAAGACAGAAACACAAGACGUAUGAGAAGACUUGCAAACACAGCCCCCUCAUGGUAAUAUUGGUCUUGAGAAGAUAAUAGAGGAAUGAUGAACAACCCAUGAUGUGAUGCUGUCAGCUGAUUUUUAUACUUCAACUUUACCUGUCACCAAAGGUUAUAGGAACUAUAGAGAGCACAGUACACUUGUUAUGAGUGGAAAAAAAAAACUUGCAAACACAGCCCCCUCAUGGUAAUGUUGGACUUGAGAAGAAUAUAGAGGAAUGAUGAACAACCACGAUGGUGCUGUAGAUGUGAAGCUGUCAGCUGACCUUUACACUUGAGCUUUACAUAUCACCAAAUGUGUAGAAACCGAAGAGAGCACAUUACAUUUGUGAGUGUAAACAAACGAUACACCACUGUCCGCAGUUAUGAGAGGACACCCGCUGCUGGCCAGUUGGCGCUUUUCGUUACCCAGUAGUUAUUAGAGGAGUGAGGUAUUUACAAACAGGACUGUGCUCUUUUUAGUUUCUGUACUCUUUGCCAUUACUUGCAGUAUGUCACUGUUCAUUCAUUUUGGAGAAAUUUUUACCAAAUAAAAUUUGAUAGUUCGACAGGGCUUUGCUCUUGGUUAGCUGUCAGAGGGCGCUAUAUUUAUAGCGAUUACGUUAGCCAACUGUCUGGGUGGGUAACCAUUUAGGCAUAAGUCACGUUGCAGUAUUUAUCAUUGUUGUUAUGGACAGAUUUUUCAUAAUGGCAAAUACAUCAACCUGUUUUGGUAUUUGGAACAGUUAAAAUAUGAGAUGUGAUUAAAAUGAAUGUCACAGAGGUAAAGCAUUAUUAGAGAUAAGGCAAAUAUCAAUCUUCUGUUUCAAUAUGAACAUGGUUAUUUGUACCAAAUUUUUGUGUAAUAAAAACGAAUUUAAAUGACA